UUUUUCAUUCUUUUUCUUUUUCCUUUCUCUGGAAAAACCUUCUGAGUUGAAUCUCAGAAUAGCAGAGAGAGAGAUUGCUUGAUCUAUUCAGAAUCGUAGUCAUGGCGGCACCUGAAGCUCCUCUAUGUUAUGUUGGAGUUUCCAGAAGCUCUGCUGCUUUCCGCCUCAUGAAAACAAUGGGAUGGGAAGAAGGUGAAGGACUUGGGAAAGAUAAACAAGGAAUUAAAGGUCACGUUCGAGUUAAAAAUAAGCAGGACACUUCAGGUGUUGGUUUGGACCAAGUGAAGAACAAUUGGGCAUUUGAUACUACGCAAUUUGAUAAUAUUCUUAAAAGAUUGAAAGUGCAAGCAGCAGUACACGUUGAAGAUGAUGAUGAUGAUGAUAAAGAAGGCAAGAAAGUUUCUUCCGUUGAUGCUGAGAAAGUUGAAGCUAAAGAAGUUAAGGAGCCUGUCGUUAAGAGUACUCGUCCACAGGGCAGAUACCAAAAGAGGGAAAGGGGGAAGCGUGUUAAUGGAUAUUCUUUGAAAGAUCUUGAGGGAAUUCUUGUCAAAAAAACCGAGAAGGAGGAUGUACAACUAGAUGAAGCUUCGGAAUUGGAGACAAAAGCGACAGUUGCGUCGAAUAGCUGCCAAGAUGAAGACAAGCCAAACGACGUGCCAGUAAAUUGGUGGGGCAUUAAAUAUGGAUUCGUUUCUGGGGGACUUCUUGGAGCAACGUCUAAACCAAAGAAGAAAUCUAAACGAAGUUCUGAUGAUGCACCUGGAUCAGGCAAAAGGGCUGUUUUUCAUGAACAAGAUCAAGAAGAUCUGUAUAAUCUUUGUCAGGAUAAAGCUACAACUGGAAAGCAAGGUCUGGGAGCUAAGGGUAAGUCGAAGAAAAUUGCUGGUGCUGAUUGGAAGGGGAAGAAGACAUCAUUUAGUGAUAGUGAAGAUGACGAUGAAGACGAUGAUGGUGAAGACAGCAAUCAAGAGGACGAUGAAUCCGAGGAUUCUGCUGAACCUUGUCCUCCAGUAAAACAAAAGCUCAGUGAGGUUGUCAUAACAGAGAGGAGUGACGGGGAGAAAAUUAACUUGAAAAAGUUGUGCAAAAAGCUACUUCGUGAGGCCCCUGGCAAGUCAAUGAAGCUGAAAGAUCUAAGAUCACUCAUUGAGGCCCAAUCACCAUCUGUUUUUUCAAAAUUUUCUUCAAAGCGCGAUGCUUUCUCAUACUUGAAACAGAAGCUUGUAGGCAGCAAGAAGUUUCAUAUGGAUGGGAAGAAAGUGAGUCUCCCACAAUGAUUUGAGACCAGCAAUUUUUGUAGCAGCAUUCCGAGCUAGCGUACCUGCGAUAUCAUAUUAUUAUUGAGUGGUAAAAAGAGGGGUUGUCAGACUUGAUUUUGUAUUUGUUUACAUUUGGUAGCAUUAUGGUUAUUUGUGUUUCUAUACCUAAUUUUUGUAUAAUGACGUGUAUCCUGUUAUGAUGAAUCUGUGUCCUUGGUUUGAACAAGGUGCACCAACUUGAUUCUGUCUAAAUUUAUCUAUACCAAUUAUUUGAACAUGGCACAUCUCUGUAAUUUUGUUCAGAACACAAAAUCUCUGUAAUUUUGUUCAGAACAGAAACAAGGAUGGAAUAACAGUGGACAGCAUUGUGUAAUAGAAUAUA